AUGGAGCUGGAGCACUAUGAACAGCCCGUGGUUCUGAGAGAGGACAACGGCCGCCGGCGCCGGAGGAUGAAGCCGCGCAGCUCCGCGGCCAGCCUGUCCUCCAUGGAGCUCAUCCCCAUCGAGUUCGUGCUGCCCACCAGCCAGCGCAACAGCAAGACCCCCGAGACGGCGCUGCUGCACGUGGCCGGCCACGGCAACGUGGAGCAGAUGAAGGCCCAGGUGUGGCUGCGCGCGCUGGAGACGAGCGCAGCGGCGGACUUCUACCACCGGCUCGGCCCGGACCACUUCCUCCUGCUCUACCAGAAGAAGGGCCAGUGGUACGAGAUCUACGACAAGCACCAGGUGGUGCAGACCCUGGACUGCCUGCGCUACUGGCAGGUGCUGCACCGCAGCCCGGGCCAGAUCCACGUGGUGCAGCGGCACGCGCCCUCCGAGGAGACGCUGGCCUUCCAGCGGCAGCUCACUGCCCUGAUCGGCUACGACGUCACCGACGUCAGCAACGUGCACGACAACGAGCUCGAGUUCACGCGCCGCCGCCUGGUCACCCCGCGCAUGGUCGAGGUGGCCGGCCGCGACCCCAAGCUCUACGCCAUGCACCCGUGGGUGACCUCCAAGCCCCUCCCGGAGUAUUUGCUGAAGAAGAUCACCAACAACUGCAUCUUCAUCAUCAUUCACCGCAGCACCACCAGCCAGACUAUCAAGGUCUCGGCCGACGACACCCCAGGCACCAUCCUCCAGAGCUUCUUCACCAAGAUGGCCAAGAAGAAGUCUCUGAUGGAUAUCCCCGAGAGCCAAAGCGAACAGGAUUUUGUGCUGCGCGUCUGCGGCCGGGACGAGUACCUGGUAGGUGAAACGCCCAUCAAAAACUUCCAGUGGGUGAGGCAUUGCCUCAAGAACGGAGAGGAGAUUCACCUGGUGCUGGACUCGCCUCCAGACCCAGCCCUGGACGAGGUGAGGAAAGAAGAAUGGCCACUGGUGGACGACUGCACAGGAGUCACUGGCUACCACGAGCAGCUGACCAUCCACGGGAAGGACCACGAGAGCGUGUUCACCGUGUCCUUGUGGGACUGCGACCGGAAGUUCAGGGUCAAAAUCAGAGGCAUUGAUAUCCCUGUCCUGCCCCGGAACGCCGACCUCACGGUUUUUGUGGAGGCAAACAUCCAGCACGGGCAGCAGGUCCUUUGCCAGAGGAGAACCAGCCCCAAACCCUUCACGGAGGAGGUGCUCUGGAAUGUGUGGCUUGAGUUCAGUAUCAAAAUCAAAGACUUACCCAGAGGGGCUCUACUGAACCUCCAGAUCUACUGCAGCAAAGCUCCAGCACUGUCUGGCAAGGCCUCUGCAGAGACUCCCGGUUCCGAGUCCAAAGGCAAAGCUCAGCUUCUCUAUUACGUGAACCUGCUGCUGAUAGACCACCGGUUCCUGCUGCGCCACGGGGAGUAUGUGCUCCACAUGUGGCAGAUCUCCGGAAAGGGGGAGGACCAAGGGAGCUUCAGUGCGGACAAGCUCACGUCCGCAACCAACCCAGACAAGGAGAACUCCAUGUCCAUCUCCAUUCUUCUGGACAACUACUGUCACCCAAUCGCCUUGCCUAAGCAUCGGCCCACCCCUGACCCCGAAGGGGACCGGGUGCGAGCGGAAAUGCCCAACCAGCUUCGGAAGCAACUGGAAGCGAUCAUAGCCACUGAUCCACUUAACCCUCUCACCGCAGAGGACAAAGAAUUGCUCUGGCAUUUUAGAUAUGAAAGUCUUAAGCAUCCAAAGGCCUAUCCUAAGCUGUUUAGCUCCGUAAAAUGGGGACAGCAAGAAAUUGUAGCCAAAACAUACCAACUGUUAGCCAGACGGGAGGUCUGGGACCAAAGUGCUUUGGAUGUUGGGUUAACGAUGCAACUCCUGGACUGCAACUUUUCCGAUGAAAACGUAAGAGCCAUCGCAGUUCAGAAACUGGAGAGCUUGGAGGAUGACGAUGUCCUGCAUUACCUGCUACAGCUGGUCCAGGCUGUGAAAUUUGAACCAUAUCAUGACAGCGCCCUGGCCCGAUUUCUGCUGAAGCGAGGCUUAAGAAACAAAAGAAUUGGUCAUUUCUUGUUUUGGUUCUUGAGAAGCGAGAUAGCCCAGUCCAGGCACCAUCAGCAGAGGUUUGCUGUGAUCCUGGAAGCCUAUCUGAGGGGCUGCGGCACGGCCAUGCUACACGACUUCACCCAACAAGUUCAAGUGAUCGAGAUGCUGCAGAAGGUCACCAUUGAUAUUAAAUCGCUCUCUGCUGAAAAGUAUGAUGUCAGUUCCCAAGUUAUUUCACAACUUAAGCAAAAGCUCGAAAACCUGCAGAAUUCGAAUCUCCCAAAAAGCUUUAGAGUGCCGUAUGACCCUGGACUGAAGGCAGGAGCAUUAGUGAUUGAAAAAUGUAAAGUGAUGGCCUCCAAGAAAAAGCCCCUGUGGCUUGAGUUUAAAUGUGCUGAUCCUACAGCCCUAUCCAAUGAAACGAUUGGAAUUAUCUUUAAACAUGGUGACGAUCUGCGCCAAGACAUGCUGAUUUUACAGAUUCUACGAAUCAUGGAAUCCAUUUGGGAGACUGAAUCUUUGGAUCUGUGCCUCCUGCCAUAUGGUUGCAUUUCAACUGGGGACAAAAUAGGCAUGAUCGAGAUCGUGAAAGAUGCCACGACAAUUGCUAAAAUACAGCAAAGCACAGUGGGCAACACGGGCGCAUUCAAAGAUGAGGUCCUGAAUCACUGGCUCAAAGAAAAAUGCCCUAUUGAAGAAAAGUUUCAGGCAGCCGUGGAGAGAUUUGUUUAUUCCUGCGCUGGCUACUGUGUGGCUACCUUUGUUCUUGGAAUAGGCGACAGGCACAACGACAAUAUUAUGAUCACAGAGACAGGAAACCUAUUUCAUAUUGACUUUGGACACAUUCUUGGGAAUUACAAAAGUUUCCUGGGCAUUAAUAAAGAGAGAGUGCCGUUUGUGCUAACCCCAGACUUCCUGUUUGUGAUGGGAACUUCUGGAAAGAAGACAAGCCUGUACUUCCAGAAAUUUCAGGACGUCUGCGUCAAGGCUUACCUAGCCCUUCGUCACCACACAAACCUGCUGAUCAUCCUGUUCUCCAUGAUGCUGAUGACGGGAAUGCCCCAGUUAACAAGCAAAGAAGAUAUCGAAUAUAUUCGGGAUGCCCUAACAGUGGGGAAGAAUGAGGAGGAAGCUAAGAAGUAUUUCCUUGAUCAGAUCGAAGUUUGCAGGGACAAAGGAUGGACGGUGCAGUUUAACUGGUUCCUGCAUCUUGUUCUGGGCAUCAAACAAGGAGAGAAACAUUCAGCCUAA